UCAGUAAGGAAAUGACUAGAGACUGCGCGUAAGUGGGGAACGAGAAGUUCAGAAUGUUGUAAGAGAGGAGACCUCACAGUUACACGUGCAUAUGGUAAUGGCAACAUCUUCUCUGCUCAAAAUCUUCUUAGGAAUCAUUUUACUUUGUAUUGUCUGUAUUCCUGAAUGGUUCACAACUACUGAGGGUAACGCCAUAUACUUAUCCUGUAUUCUUGUCUGCUUUGAAGAGUCCUCCUACCUUUCCACAGUGGUAUCCAAGUCUAUAAGAUGUCCUGCACAAGAAAACAACACUAAAUAUGUUCAAGAGACUGUUAACAUACAAAAUAAUAUGGUAUAUACUGUAAACUUCAGUAUAUAUAUUAAUAACGGUACCCUUUACCUCUGUGAACAACAAAGACACAUUCAUUCUGUAUUUCAAGAUAUGAAGAUACCAGAAAACACAACGUAUUUCUCGCUGGAGGUUAGUGGAAAAUAUCGUGUUUACGCAAAAGAAGAGUCAUACCUCACACUGGUGAAUAUAGAAGACAGAGACUCAUUUUUACCAUUCUCCUUUGAGAUCCAUGUUAAAAAUACUACAGGACCUGAUGGGAUUAUUGAUGAUAUGGAUUUUAAAGACAAAGGAAUGAAGACUCAUGGUGACGUUAUUAAUAUAUCAGUACAUUUUGAACGCCACGUUUCAUACUAUAAAGGGACUCUUGGCAUCAUUUGGCUGUCUUUGAUCCCACUUGUUGUUGUGGGCGGUUUUAUAUUUAUUGCCUGCAAAGUAUUAAAGGAGAAGACAACUGUUCCAACUAUAUUUUAUAAAAGAGAUUCAGCAAGUUUGAAAAGAUGCAAAGAUAAACAAAACAGAAUAUCACCAAAAACACACUGCUUACAAGAAGAUCAUCAGAAAUGCGCAGGUAAAACAAAUCUGAGGUCACACUCAGCACUCACACUACCUACGAUUGCUGAACAUCUGGAUACAGCUACGUGAUCUACUUCAGCCUUUCACACAGUAGAAGCUGCUGCUGCCACAUGGGCCUUUCACUUGUUUUAAAGGCAAAUUCAUUGCCUACAUUUUAGACAGAUUUCAAUUUGCAGUUAAAUGGUCACUAUAUUUAUUUUCUUGGUAAACUGUAUGCUCUGAUGUAAAAAUUCAUCAUGCAGUAAUCAAAAUACCUUUAGUUUUUUUCCCCCUGAAUAAAAACCACUGGAAAAUAGGAAAUACUAAAUAACAAAUUAAAGUUGUAUUUGCAAGUCA